UCACCAUCACCUCUCUACUCUUUUUUUUGCUCUAUAUAUACUAACCAAAGUCCCCCCUACAGCUCUCCAAAUCAAUGCUCUUAACAGGAAAAAAAAAAAAAAAAGAAAAUUUUUUUUUUUUCUCCCUACACUCCUUGAGCACACAAAUCUUUAGCUACAAUGCCUGCAGGCUCAACCGCGGGCGCCGCAGAACGCCUACAGCGCCCGCAGUUGAGCCGGUACGAGUCGCAGAAGCGGCGGGAUUGGCUGGCGUUCUUGCAGUACCUGAAGACGCACUACCCGCCGCUCGAGCUCUCCCGGUGCAGCGGCGCGCACAUCCUCGAGUUUCUCCGUCACCUCGAUCAGUUCGGAAAGACCAAGGUGCACAACACUGCCUGCCCGUACUUCGGGCACUCCUGCAUGUCGUUGUCGUGCCCCUGCCCGCUUCGCCAGGCAUGGGGCAGCCUCGACGCCCUCAUCGGCCGCCUCCGCGCCGCCUUCGACGAGGAGAACAAUAACACGGGCUUCGCGCAGCAGGGCGCCAACCCCUUCGCCGCCCGCGCCGUCCGCCUCUACCUCCGCGAGGUCCGAGACAUGCAGGCCAAAGCCCGCGGCAUUGCCUACAAAAAGAAAAAUAAGAAGAAAAAUGCAAAUAUUAAUACCGAAGAUACCGAUAAUAACGCGAAUAUAUCGCUGCUGCCAUCGAAAAAUAAGAAUAAGAGGACAGAUACUACGACAGAAGACACCAAUGAUAGCCCGAAUAUACCGACGUCAGCAAUGACGACGGCGACGCCUUUUGAGAUGGAAGUUUGCCAAAAAGAUGCUAAUAUGCUGGCAACAGGGCUAGGGUGGUCGUGUGAGUAUGCGAAGUGGCGAAAUGGUAAUGAAUGAGAUGGGGUGGUGUUUAGGGUUUAAUGAGUGUUUUAUGUAGCUAUUAAUUUGUGUGUAGCUUGAUCUAGAAGAUAUCUAUGCAUGACUUCUUUAAUGAAAUAUGAUACUGUUUUUAUACUCUUUCAA